AAGGAGGACCUGGGUUCAAAUCCCAGCCUGGAGUCUUUCUGCAUAUGGUUGUGUGCAUGAAUGUUUGUCCUGUGUCUCUGUGAUGGACCUGUCCCACAUCUUGUCCAAUAACCACUGGAGAUGGGCACCGGGGAGUAUAAAUGAUGGACAGUUGAAAAUGUUGAUUUAUAUUUUGUAUAAACAUAAAAUCUGCUGGAAUUGAAAAUGAGAAUUUGUAGGUAAAGCAUCUAAAAUAUCACUGUUAGUACAGACAUCAUAAUGCUGCAGACACCUUGGUGGUUAAAGCAGGACUGGUUUAACACAUUUGAACUAAUGCUGCACCAUUAUGUAGAGGCUGCAUGAGAGCCACUUAGAAUAGUGAUCUAAAUACAGUGCAUAAUGUGGAGAGAGCAUUACAGGAUAGACUAUUAUUAUUAUGUAAUGCUGAUACUGUAAAAAUGUUUUUCAUGCAGGCUCUUGACUUUUGGACUUAUAAAAUGGACAAGAAUCUCAACAUCUGAGAUUGAUACAAAGCUGCCUUUGUAGCGUAUUGAGGAGCCCUGCUUGUUCUCACAGAUAUGGCUCCAGUUCAAAUCAGGGGUCAUAUGAUUAUGGCUGAAUCAUUAAUUGUUCCUCUGAUAAGGCUUGGAACCAAACAACCCAAACAAAGUAUAAUGUAGAGUGUGUUUGUGUGCAGGUAUUGAUGGAGGACCGCAGGACAAACCGCCUGGUGGAGAGCAUGAACAUCUUCGAGACCAUCGUCAAUAACAAGCUUUUCCUCAAUGUCUCCAUCAUCCUGUUUCUCAACAAAACGGACCUGCUGGUGGAGAAGAUCCGCACCGUGGACAUCCGCAAGAACUUCCCUGAGUUCAGAGGAGACCCCCGCCUGCUGGAUAAUGUACAGGAGUUCCUGGUCCAGUCGUUCAGUCGGAAGAGGAGAAACCGGGGGAAGCCGCUGUUCCACCACUUCACCACUGCAGUGGACACAGAAAACAUCCGCUUCGUCUUUCACGCCGUCAAGGACACAAUUUUGCAGGAGAACCUCAAAGACAUCAUGCUGCAAUGACUUUCACGCUUCUGUGACUGCAACUGUGAAACCCGCCACCAUUCCAAGCAUAAAGGACUUUGCUCUGACACUGAUGAACCUAUACAGACACUGACAUAUGGAAGCAGAGUGGAUCUGACUGAUAUUUGAACCUGUGGAUUCCAGCAGUUGUACAUGUAUGUUGACCACUGCUUUGAACCUCUGUAAAUGUGCAACUGAGCUGAAAGGUGGGAAACACCAAAUACACCUGUGUUAGCAAUGAGAUGACUGAUGACAGCGUUGUCACUAAACCGAGUCAGAGCACUGCCUACUGGAAGCAGCAUGAGCCAGAUGGAAAAGGCCUCCACCUCCAGUACAUGUGACCAGAGUGGAGGGUCUGACUGGUCAUAUGCUGCAUUAGGGAUAAUGUUGCACAAGUGUUCCUGUCAGUGAACUUUAGCAGAGAGAAGAAGCGAGAGACCCUCUUGUGCUCCAUAUCUCCCUGUAUUUUGCUCCCAUCGUCACACGAGAGAGAACAGCUGCAGAGAAGUCUUAUUCUUCUAAUCUCCUCUCUCAUCUCCUAUCUUCAGCAGUACAAUGGACAGACUGUUCGUCUCGUCCCUCACCAGCACAAAUUGUAGGCAGACUAAUUAGAGAGCCAUCUUUGAUGAAAAAAAUACACAACUCCUGAGUUACACUCCACUUAUGAUUUGUCUCUGUCUUCUUUAAAUACCCCACAAACACCGCAGACUUCACUCGGGGCAGGUUUGAAGUAUUUACUGGAUAUAUUUUGGUUUUUUUCUUUAUUGUAUAUAGGAAAAUUUACGUAAAUUUUUUUUAAGUAAAUAUGAAGGGAACAGUGGAAAACAUCUAGGCUGAACUGCACCUGACCUAUUUCCCAAGCUACUUCUUGAGAUUUCAGACUUGUGUUGCAGUUUGAAAGACAUGAACAGGCUUAAACAAUAUCCAGGAACCUGAGCAAUUGCUAGACAAAAGUCACUGUUUACACAUAUUUGGCAAUACAGAUUAUUUAAAACCCCCUC